CAGGGACGGCUCCCCCCACCCCCCGCCCCCGCCAUCUGGCGCUCGGCAGCCAUGGCCGGCGGACAGCAGGGUGCGCAGCUGCCGCAUCUCAGCAAGAUGGAGCGGGUGGUCGUGAGCAUGCAGGACCCCGACCAGGGCGUGAAGACGCGGAGCCAGCGCCUGUUCAUCACCGUCAUCCCUCACACCGCGGCAGGCGGCGACGUCGUGGCGUGGCUGAUCCGGAAGUACUGCAUCUCAGAGGAGGAGGCCCUGCACCUGGGCACUCUGCUAGUGCAGCACGGAUAUCUGUACCCUCUGCGUGAGCCCCGCAGCCUCGUGCUCCGGCCCGACGACACGCCCUACAGAUUUCAGACGCCCUAUUUCUGGACGAGCACCGUGUGGCCAGCUGCUGAGCUGGACUACGCCAUCUACCUGACAAAGAAGAACAUCCGAAAGCAGGGGGCCCUGGUCGGGCACGAGAAGGAACACUAUGACCAGCUACACCGGAAGAUCAACCACACGUGGGACCUGGUGGUGAUGCAGGCUCGGGAGCAGCUGCGGGCAGCUAAGCAGCGCAGGAAGGGGGACAGGCUGGUCAUUGCGUGCCAGGAGCAGACAUACUGGCUGGUGAACAGGCCCCCGCCGGGUGUCCCCAGUGUCCUGGAGCAGGGUCCAGAGCGCAGCUCCUCCACUGCUGGGGGAGUGCAGAUGACCAAGAACACAGAGUUCUACAAGCAGGAGGUAAAUGGUAGGCUGCAGGAAGGCCCUGACCAGGGCCGGGUGAAGUCGUCUGUCUGCCUGGAGGCGUACCUGAAGUUCAGCAGCCAGCGUGGGCCACACGACCCCAUGAUGUCAGGCUGCCUGCCCAGCAACCCCUGGGUCACCGACGAUGACACCUACUGGACCCUCAAUGCACCCAGUGUGGCUGUGCCCACGAAGCUCCGUGUGGAGCGAUGGGCUUUCAGCUUCCAGGAGCUCUUGGAAGAUCCUGUGGGACGGGCCCAUUUCAUGGACUUCCUCGGGACCGAGUUCAGUGCUGAGAACCUCAGCUUCUGGGAGGCGUGCGAGGAGCUGCGCCGUGGAGGGCAGGCCCAGGUCCGCGCCGCGGUGGAUGCCAUAUACCAGCAGUUCCUGGCCCCCGGUGCUGCCCGCUGGGUCAACAUCGACAGUCGGACGAUGGAUCGGACCCUGGAGGGCCUGCGGCAGCCCCACCGCUACGUGCUGGACGAGGCCCAGCUGCACAUCUACAUGCUGAUGAAGAAGGACUCCUACCCGAGGUUCCUGAAGUCCGCCGCCUACAGAGACCUGCUGGCAGAAGCCGUGGUUCCCUCAGAGGCCAAGAGACGGGUGUUCCCGUUUAUGCGUAAACCGCCACAUGCAAACCCCAGCCCUGCUCUCCUUCCUGCCGCCCCCUCUGGGGAGCCUGUGACCGCGGCCGGUGGCCCUGAGUGUGGUGACGGGGGCACCUAGGUGGGCAGAUUGCAGGAGAGGGAAGUGGCCAUCCUCACUGCUGGCCUGGGGUUCUGGCAGCUCUCGAGACCCUUGGCAUGGGCGUCCCCUAGUGCCCAGAGGGCCCGGCCUUGCCCCCGUGCCCAUGGGGCUCUUGGGCUCUCACCUUCUC